AUGACCAUCACGUCAAAUAAUCGUGCAACGGAGGAUGAAUUCGUAGGCGCAGAACCUUGGAGCGAAGCCGAUGCACUUCCUCCGCCCGCUUACGAGGAUAGACCGUUUCGGAACGUCCCAGGCCAGGGAUCAUCGAGGGGACGAAGACGCAGGACGGGUUAUCCACAGGAGAAACGGGAUGGGACACCCGCUCCUCCGACUGAUAUGCCUGUUUAUCUGCCGCAGUUAACAAGGACGCCAUCUGCCUCUAGCACGAAUUCAAACCUUACUGUCCAGGACCUGCCGAUCACCCCGCCCCGAUCCAACCGGGAAGUGGCAGCGCCGUCUGUAUCAGGCGCUACUUCCAGCUCUCCAUCUCAAAUGCGGCAGUCUUCCAUACCCUGGGAUUCGUCUCGAUCACGCGCUUCAUCCAUCUCGAGCACGACUUCGAGCACGUCAGUUCAAGCCUGCCCAUCAGCUACGCCAUACUCACCUUCUGGGAUGCGUGUGCAAUCUGCCUCGGUCACUAAGAGCUCGGCAGUCCCCGUACAUGAUGGACGGAAAUCGGCUAUUCUAUCGACCGCCAAUCUGGGGAGACCGUCGUCCUUGUCAAGUACAGCAAACCCCAUCAUCCGUGAUGUCGCUCCAUCCUAUCCUGCCCCGAUGAGGGGUUCAAUGUACAUCACUAACCCGGAUACAUUCGACGCAUCAACUCCAAGCUCAGCGCACACGACGAUCCCUCCUGUACCCCAUGCGAACACCUCCGUGCCAUCUACCCCGUUGUCAGAGCCCGAACUUUCGCAGCCGACACCUCCGACAAUCACGUAUCCGGCCGACUUCCCCUCUCACCUCGCACGACAGAACGGCGUUCGCAUCCGGCGCGCUGGCGACGUGCGCGAAACGUUCCUCAUCGAUUCGGCGUUGCCCGCCCUUGAAGGUGGGGCGGACAAGGCGUUGGAUAUAGAGACAGGGAGUGCGGUGGAUGCGCGGGUCUAUGUGAUCGGGACGGGGGCAGCGCCAUCCACCUCAGAAAAGGCCACUGAAAUGGCGUUCAAAGCGGCAAGUAUCAAGAUGACUGUCGUACAAGCAAUAGGAAACCCACUCCUGAAACUUCAAUUCCAGCCAGAGAAGCCACGCACACGAGCAAAAGAUCCACUAGAAGUGCACCUCUGUACCGGCGUUCGAGUUUCUCUCGAAGCAUUCUGGCCGGGAGACUGUAUCAUCCGUCUUCCUCCUACAUUCACCGGCAAAGUUGACCUACGCUUUGGCAAGCGUGGUACGGUAGACAUCGACAAGAACCUUGCGCUCCGCACGAGGAUCUUGAAUGAGGAGCAGGGUGUGAUGUUGUUCUGGAUUGGGGACUACGAGACGGGCAAGGGUGAGUGGGAGUUUGACAAGUGCUUCAUUCGCGCCGAGGGAAGGAUCUCCAUUGGCGUAUGGGAAGCAGAUUCGGAGAACAAGACCAAGACACCCCCUGCCUGGGACACAGCCAGCAUCGCUUCGAGCAAGAGAGGACAGGCACUGGACAGAAUCAAGGGUGUUGCGAGCCGGAUUCCCAGUGUGAAUUUGUACAAGAAGCUGAAAGGGAAUACUGAGAAACCAUAUUUGGCAACCCUUGAUUAG